UUCCGGGUCAGGGAGUAUACAACGGUCAAGGGAAAUGAACUGAAAGAAGAAAGAACAAUAUUUACUUUUUCAAAUGAGUGACAUUGUUAUCCUGAAGUCGAAACAGUCCAAAAUGACGAAUAAAACGAGAUACAUUCGAAGUGGGAUACAUUAGAACGAAAAAUGGCCAUGCUAGGUUGUUGUGCUUCACAGCUUGCGUGCUGUUGUGGCCCGGCGUCGUGCGCCCUGUGUUCUAGAUGUCUGCCGCCAAUCAACGAGUCGUCCGGGACGCGUAUCAUGUACACCCUGUUUCUUCUUCUUAUAUUCUUUGUUGCCUGCAUCAUGAUCUCGUCGGAUAUACAAGAAUUAAUAAUCGAAAACGUUACCAGUUUCAACGUGACGUGCCUGCUCUUGCAGUCAGGAGAGAACUGCAGUCGGCUGGUCGGCUAUAAGGCCGUGUACCGUCUCUGUCUCGGCAGUGUGGCAUUCCACUUCAUCCUGAUGGUCCUCACCCCGAGCAUCCCAAACAGCAACCACUGGAGAGCGUCCAUACAGAACGGAUACUGGUUCUUCAAGUUCCUCAGUCUCUGUGGGUUGUGUGCUGCUGCCUUCUUCAUUCCUGUGAAAUACAGUUUGUACUUGACGUAUUUUGGCAUGGUUGGCGGUUUUCUCUUCAUUAUUAUACAGGUCAUCUUGCUUGUCGACUUCACACACUCAUGGAACGCAUCAUGGGUUGGAACAAAAUCUGGCAGGAGGAACAAUUGUGGCUUUGCUGGCACGAUAAUGGUUACCGUUUUCUGUUACAUGAUGUGUUUUGUGGGCGUCUUUCUUCUCAUCUGGUUCUAUGGACUCGAGUACACCUGCACCACCAACCGAAUCUUCAUCGGUGUCAACGCCUUGCUCUGUAUCAUCAUCUCCACCAUCACACUCCUGCCGUGCAUGGAAAGAUUUAAUCCAAAUGCUGGCAUGUUGCAGGCCUCAGUUAUCAGCCUGUACGUUAUUUAUCUCACGUGGUCGGCGCUGAGCAGCGAGCCACCAGAACAGAAAAACACCAUUUUGGAUACCGGUUCGUUUUCCAAUGCACUGUUUCACAGUAGUGCCGGCAACAAGAUGAACACAAGCGUGGUGUUGGGUCCCGGGAAGGACGGAGCACCAGGCAACGUGUCCCACCUGUACGACUGCCGGCCCAAGCCUAGGUCGCCACAGACGGAGCUCAUCUCGGGCUAUGCGGGGCUGUUCUUCAUGAUCAUCAUGGCCGUCUUCUCCAGCUUGAAAACCACUAUCGAGUCACAUAAGUUGGGCAUUUCAAGACCCACAACUGAGGAAAAUGUCUGCUGUUGCUGUAUCAUUCAGAAGCGAGACAACCCUUCAGACAAUGGUGGACAGCGAGUCAUUCAGAACGAGUCCGACGGACUUGUCUACUCUUACUCGUUCUUCCACUUCGUGUUCUGUCUGGCUGGGCUCUACGUCAUGAUGCAACUCACCAACUGGUACAGACCAGAAGAGACGAACCUUAACACAUUUGGACUCAACUGGUCUGCAGUGUGGGUGAAAAUGGCCUCCAGUUGGGUGUGCAUUGCUUUUUACACAUGGACACUUUUCGUACCAAAGUUCUGUCCCGGCCGCCACCUGGCCUUCCGACCUCCAGACAACGAAGACGACGACGACGUGGAUGGAGAACGGGCGCGGCAGGGUCUAGAGGGAGGAGAGGCCAGCGAGAGGUUGAACAUGCAGAGGAGGUCGCGCCAGUCUGAUUACUCCCCGCGGUCGAUCACCGAGGAACCGCGGUCCAGCUCAAGAAUGUCAGGGGCCUCUGGGUCAAGGAGUUCCACAGGUGCUGUCAAGUUUUCAAGAGAAGGACUGGAUCGGAUAGAUGCUGUGAAGUCGGACUCCAGAGAGCGUCUCGACAAACAGUCGCCAAAAGCACAGAGGGAGCGACCCAAUUCGCGCCAGGGUGCGGCACAACCAGACCGACCUAGUUCUCGUACCUCAAGGUCACAGUCACCGUCUAAAAAAGACCAACACAACUCUAGUGUGGUUUAAAGCUGUAUUUCCUUUUGUUAAGAUUUCAAUUUUUAAAUUAUUUUUUUAAAACAGUAAACCACUUCUUUUUUUUUUUUACAAAAAUACUUUUUACUAAUGUAUACAUUCCCAAUGUAUUUGCAUAUUUUUAUAUGAUGUUACCUAUACGAUGUUACCUACAUUCAUGUACAUUUGUUCAAUUGAUAUACAAAUUUUAGGUACAUGUAGACUUUACAACAGUUAUGAAAUAAGGGAUCUGAUUAUAUUGUUUUAUUUAUAAAACCAACAAUUAUUUUAUGAUAUUUAAUUUAUUUAUUUAGCAGACAAUUGCUUUAUUUAUGAUAAUAGUCAUAAAUGUUUUUAAUAAAAUAAAUUUUUUUGGCCCAGUUGCCUUAUUUAUGAUAAUAAUAAUGGAUGCAGGGUUGGAAAUUUGUAGUUGCCUGAGGCAAACUUUAUCGGCUACGAGCGACUUUGAAUUUGACAAAGAUGGCCCAUUAACAAUAGUAACAAUUUAUUUUAACUAACGGUAGCAUCGUUAGCCAUUGCGAUUUUUAAUCGAGUUUCAACCCUGGGAAUAUAACCACAUGUAGAUCUUAUUAAUAUAUGAGGAAAUUUUUAGUCAGUUAAAAAUUUUUUAACAAAAUAAAAACAAAAUUGUGAGAGGUAUAAAAAAAGAAAUGGGGUUCCCACAACUUUCCCUGCUUAAGUCCGAGUUUGCUUUGCUAUAGUAGCAACAUAGAACAGAUUUUAAUUCUUGUUUUGUUACCACACCUGUUGGCUAGAAAACUUUGACAAGUUUGAUAUGACACAAUAACCCGGAUUUUCUCAAAACUAGAUGCGUUUCAGUCCCUUUGUAAAUAGGAGUACAGAACAGAACCUCUCUAAACUGAAUACCCCUUAAAACCAGACUUUUUACUUUUGUCUAAUGCGUGCCUGGUUUAUAGGGGUUUUGCUGUCAUUUCAAAUAAUAUUCUUUGACGUGUCCACCUGUGGCAUCAGCUGGGAAAGUUACCAUCAUUUUUAUAUUAACAUCUAUCGCCAUGAGUUUAUGUGAUUCAACAGUUCUAGUUCUUAGACUUACAUGUAUUUUAUAUUAACAUCUAUCGCCAUGAGUUUAUGUGAUUCAACAGUUCUAGUUCUUAGACUUACAUGUAUUUUAUAUUAACAUCUAUCGCCAUGAGUUUAUGUGAUUCAACAGUUUUAGUUCUUAGACUUAAUGUAUUUUAUAUUAACAUCUAUCGCCAUGAGUUUGUGUGAUUCAACAGUUCUAGUUCUUAGACUUACAUGUAUUUUAUAUUAACAUCUAUCGCCAUGAGUUUAUGUGAUUCAACAGUUUUAGUUCUUAGACUUAAUGUAUUUUAUAUUAACAUCUAUCGCCAUGAGUUUAUGUGAUUCAACAGUUCUAGUUCUUAGACUUAAUGUAUUUUAUAUUAACAUCUAUCGCCAUGAGUUUAUGUGAUUCAACAGUUCUAGUUCUUGGACUUACAUGUAUUUUAUAUUAACAUCUAUCGCCAUGAGUUUAUGUGAUUCAACAGUUUUAGUUCUUAGACUUACAUGUAUUUUAGUUUUUAAAAUCUUCCCAAGGCCUAAAAACAAUAUGAGUUUUUCUGGGCACCCGACGCCAACUAGAAAAGAGGGCCAACCCUAACUUUAUUUUAUCUUAUUUAUUUAAAAAAAAUUAAUGUUGGUUAAAAGAGUAUACAUACAUAACAUUUUUUAUCAUAUAAUAUGUUACAUUUUACGUCAAAUUAUGUGAUAUUUUUCAGAUCACAUGC